AUGGCUUCCAAGGGCCUCAAGGCCAGCUUCUCUUCGGGGUCUCUCAAGGGCCUGGGAGGGGCCGGUGGGGGCUCUGCUCGAGUGUCCAUGAUGCACUCCAGCAGCUCUUGCAAGCUCCCGAGCCUCUCCCGCAGGGCCCGGAGUUUCUCUGCGUCCUCUGUCGGGCUGGGCAGGAGCAGCUGCAGGGCGGCCAGCUGCCUCCCUGCUCUCUGCCUCCCGUCCGGAGGCUUUGCCACCAGCUACAGCCUGGGCGGGGGCUGGUUUGGGGAGGGCAUCCUCACCGGCAGCGAGAAGGAGACCAUGCAGUCCCUGAACGACCGCCUGGCCAGCUACCUGGAGAAGGUGCGCCAGCUGGAGCGCGAGAACACCAGCCUGGAGUGCCGCAUCCAGGAGUGGUGCGAGCAGCAGGUGCCCUACCUGUGCCCCGACUACCAGUCCUACUUCCGGACCAUCGAGGAGCUCCAGAAGAAGACCCUGUGCACCAAGGCAGAGAAUGCCAGCCUGGUGGUGCAGAUCGACAACGCCAAGCUGGCCGCAGACGACUUCAGAACCAAGUACGAGACGGAGCUGUCCAUGCGGCAGCUGGUGGAGUCGGACAUGAACGGCCUGCGCAGGAUCCUGGAUGAUCUGACCUUGUGCAAGUCUGACCUGGAGGCCCAGGUGGAGUCCCUGAAGGAGGAGCUGCUGUGCCUCAAGAAGAACCACGAGGAGGAAGUGAACUCGCUGCGCUCCCAGCUUGGUGACCGGCUCAAUGUUGAGGUGGACGCUGCCCCGCCUGUUGACCUGAACCGUGUUCUGGAUGAGAUGAGGUGCCAGUAUGAGACCCUGGUGGAGAAUAACCGCCGGGAUGCUGAAGAAUGGUUCAACACUCAGACCGAGGAGCUGAACCAGCAGGUGGUGUCCAGCUCAGAGCAACUGCAGUCCUGCCAGGCGGAGAUCAUCGAGCUGAGACGCACGGUCAAUGCCCUGGAGAUCGAGCUGCAGGCCCAGCAGAGCAUGAGAGAUGCUUUGGAAUCUACCCUGGCGGAGACCGAGGGCCGCUACGGCUUCCAGCUGGGCCAGAUGCAGUGCCUGAUCAGCAACGUGGAGUCCCAGCUGGCUGAGAUCAGGAGUGACCUGGAGCGGCAGAACCAGGAGUACCAGGUGCUGCUGGACGUGCGGGCCCGGCUGGAGUGCGAGAUCAACACGUACCGAGGCCUGCUGGAGAGCGAGGAGGGCAAGCUUCCCUGUAACCCAUGUGCUCCUGACCACUCGUCUGCCAAGUCGUGCCUCCCCUGCCUUCCUGUGGUCUCCUGCGGUCCCGGUGUGGUCCACACCACCUGCAGCCCCCGCCCUAUGUGCGUGCCCUGCCCGGGGGGCCGGUUCUGA